AAAAUAAAAAAAAAUUAAUGCAAAAUCUCCAAGUUGUGGAGCAAAACUUGCAAUAAAAUUUCAAAAUCCAAACCGUGUAAGAAAACAUAAUUUUAAUGUUUGAACCAAUCCAAUAAAAGUAAAACAUCAGAAUCAGAUCAGAACAGGAACAAAGUUUACAGAACAAAAGUUUCCAUAGCAGUGUGAAAAGUUGGUUUUCAAUUGUGAAAUUCAACAAAAACAAAUAACAAAAAGUUAAGAUAAUUUGUAGUUGGUGUGAAAAAUCGAAGCGUAACAGAGGAAGAUAGCGUUCUUAAUAUUAGCGCCAAAGAAAUUUAACAUCAACCAAUAAAAAAAGAAGACAAAGCAAACUUCAUGAAUUUAUCAAUUUUAAAUUACAAUAAAUCAAAAAAUAAAAAUUCAAAUCCCCUUACGUCAUUGACUUGGAGGACUGCUGAAACUUACCAAGAUAUCGGUAACACCACUAUAGGUAUCAAUAUCACAAAUAACAAAUCUGGUAUUGACAAACAGCUUUGUUCACUGGAAAUCUGUUUAAGCUAAAUAGUAUAUCUUCCAAGAAUAACAGAAGCAAGAAGUGCAUACACAAUCAUUUGGGCAUAGUUUAAUGAUUGUUUGAAAAGUCGAGAGUUUUCAACAAAAGUCUUGAUUUCACAUUCAGCAGUGAAAAAUUUCUAUUACAACAACGAAUGCGUUUUCAUCUAAUCGGCACAAAGAGCAAGAGCAUAUAUUAUACAUUUCCAUUCACAAAAGAUAUUUCGAUACAAUAAUUAGCAAAGAUGGGUUCCGUUAACAUUAAUCGCAAUGUCACUGACAUUUUCUAUCGUUACAAAAUGCCUCGUAUACAAGCUAAGGUCGAAGGCAAGGGUAAUGGUAUUAAAACUGUUAUUGUCAACAUGGCUGAAGUUGCACGAGCCAUCGGUCGUCCAGCUACUUAUCCCACUAAGUAUUUUGGUUGUGAGCUAGGUGCACAAACACAAUUCGAUUACAAGAAUGAACGUUUCAUUGUCAAUGGUUCGCAUGAUGCUGGCAAAUUGCAAGAUUUGCUUGAUGGUUUUAUACGAAAAUUUGUUUUGUGUCCAGAAUGCGAUAAUCCGGAGACUGAUUUAACUGUUUCAGCAAAGAAUCAAACUAUCUCGCAGGCUUGUAAAGCGUGUGGUUUCCAUGGUCUGCUUAAAGUUAAUCAUAAGGUUAACACAUUCAUACUGAAGAACCCGCCAACCAUUAAUCCAGCAGCACAAGGUUCAUCACUUACGGAAGGCAAGCGUUCUAAACGCGUACAUAAGAAGAAUGGUGAAAAUGGUGAUGUUUCGGCAAAUAAUUCCAUGGCCAAUAAUUCUGGUGGCGAAUCUGAUGGUGGAAGUGGUAACCAAGCUAGCCAAACUGAAGCUGAAAUAAGUGCAGCUAUACCGGAGAAGAAAGAUGAUGACGAUGAUGACGCUAACUGGAGUGUUGAUGUGUCCAAGGAAGCUAUACGUGCUCGUUUACAAGAUUUAACUGAUGGCGCAAAGGGAAUGACCAUUUCUGAUGAUUAUGAUAAAACUGAAAAGGAGCGUAUUGAUAUAUUUUAUGAAUUGGUCAAGAAGAAGCGCGAUGCUAAUGAGCUGGAUAUUGUUGCUGUGCAUAAGCAGUUACUCGUUGAAGCUGAACGCUUGGAUAUUGUACAGAAGGCUACUUUAGUAUUGGCUGAGUUGCUAUUUACAGAAAAUAUAACAUUGGAAGUGCGUAAAAAUCGUAAUUUAUUAUUACGUUUUACCCACAAUAACCCUAAGGCUCAACGUUAUCUUAUUGGUGGAUUGGAGCAGAUUAUCGCUUUACAUUCAGCUAAAUUAAUGAGCAAGGUAGCUGGCAUACUCAAGCUAUUCUAUGAUAGUGAUAUCUUAGAAGAGAAGGUUAUUUUGGAAUGGGCUCAAAAAGUUAGUAAAAAAUACGUUUCAAAGGAAGUUGCUACUGAGAUACACGAAAAAGCCAAACCAUUUAUACAAUGGUUGCAAGAAGCAGAGGAGGAGGAUUCGUCCGAUGAAGAAGAAAAUGACUCUGAUCUUGAAAUUGAGUAUAAUGAUCGUGCACGUGUUGAGCCUCUUAAAGCUGCUGUUGCUGUGGCCGCUGUUAAGAAAAUUGUUGAUGACGAUGAGGAGGGUGAAGAAAUAGAUAUCGAUGAUAUCUAAAGUCGCAAAGCAGCUGGAAAAUAUGACACCGAGCAAUUAAUAACUUUUUCAACUUG